AUUUUUCUUGGUUUUGUCAGUCGGGAACUUCCCAUUUUUGAGCUCUUCUGGUAACAAAAUUUGAGAUUGAUUCAGGCUGUUUUGAUGUGUUUCAUGCUAAGUUAUGGCUGAAAAUAAAAAGGCAUUAAAUGCUGUUUUCAGUCAUCUUUCUAUUGCUGAUGUAGAUUCACAAGUGGAAAACUCAAAAUAUAACAUGAAAGCUGAAUAUUUUCUAAAAAAAUAUCCAAUUCAGCAAAAUAAAACAAUCGUGGAAGAAAAGACUUCGAAAUAUAGCACUGGAAACGAUCUUGCCAGAGAGCAAGGUAAAAUGAAAAAUCAAAAUCCCUUGAAUGAUGACCUACCACUCCGAAGAUAUUCUCGAAAUUCAUUGCUUUCUUCUCGUCUUAAAGAUUUGACGCAAGAUAGCAAUUCUUUCUCUAGGGAAAAUUUGAACGAUGAAUAUAUUUUUGGAAGUGUUAAACAUAAUGGUGCAGUGCCCAAACAAAGAGUUACAGGUAUGCCUCUUAAGACUUUACAAGAUUUAAUACAGAAAAAUUCUGAUGAAAUAUUAUGUACCAUCCUAGAUAAAGAAAGCGGAUUCAUUCCUACACUGAAAGGUAAUUUUGAUAGAGACUGCAUUGCUUACAUCCUUAUAGCUUUGGGAAAAGCUGUUUCUUCAGACAUCAACAAAAACGUUGCUACUAUGUUGACUAUAAUAUCAAGUAAUGACAAUUUGUUCUUACUUAAUGUACAACAGUAUUUGACAUCUCUUCUAGCUCACAAGCCAGAAGAUUUUCAUUUGGAUGCCUUGGUUUCUUUGAUAAGAUUUUUGUUGAAGUUUCAAAUUUGCUUACCAUCUAAUGCCUGCGACAUUUUAAUUAUGCUAAUGCCAUUGUUAAAACAAACUUGUGAAAAUCAUUUAUCACAGAAUAAAGAAAUGUAUUCUGAAUCAGCAGGAAUGCUUCAAGAAUUGGAAGAACUAAAUGAUUCUGUUCUCAACAAAUACACUCUGAAUCAGAUCAAAGAAAGAUCUUUAAAUGAAAAACUGCAGCUUUUGGAUCCCCCUGAAGAUUAUCGUACUAUCCCUGUCUUGCCAAAUGAAGUCGACAUACAACAACCGUGUGCAUUUCUGCGCCCAAGUGUAAUCAAGGGUCAGUAUCAAAAUACUGAGCAUUAUCUUGAUGUGCAAUAUCGAUUGUUGAGAGAAGAUUACGUUAGACCUUUGAGGGAAGGUAUAACGGAAUAUUUGACACUCAAAGAUCGUAAUAAGUCUAGGCAAAUUAAAGAUAUCAAAGUCUAUCCUUACGUGCAAAUAGUGAAACAAGAAUUUGUAAAUGGUGAACUGCUUCAUAUGGCUUACAUCAAUGAUAAAAGAUUUGCCAGAAUAAAGUGGGAAUUCAGCAAGCGUUUACUAUCCAAGUCUUUACUUUGCCUGUCUUCUGAUAAUUUCAAAACUAUGUUUUUUGCGACAGUUGCUAAAAGGGAUCCGAAAGAGCUCAGUAAAGGCUUGUUGCUGCUGCGUUUUGAAGAGUUGACAGACGAGGUACUUAAUAUAGAUGAAUCCAAAAACUUUGUCGCUAUUGAAACAAGCGCCUAUUUUGAAGCGUAUAGGUAUAAUCUAGAUGCAUUGCUUGAACUUAAAGAUGAAACUUUGCCUAUGAAGCGUUAUAUAGUGGAAACUCAAAAAACUGUUUUGAAACCUCAAUAUUUAAGUGAAACUGCCACUUAUGACAUGAGACCUGUGCUUUUACCUUUAAGUGAAGCUAGUAUAAUGCGAGAUGUUAAUGAAAAUGGUAAAUUUUGCAGUAAUUAUAUCUAUCCAAGUAAUAUUCCAGAACGACUUAAAAGUAUAGCUGUUCUGAAUGAUAUUUUGUGGCCAACUUGUACAGAUUUAAAUCUAGAUCCUUCUCAGUUUUCAGCUUUAAAAGCUGCUAUUACUAAGGAAUUUGCUAUCAUUCAAGGCCCACCAGGAACCGGUAAAACGUAUGUAGGUCUCAGAAUAGCACAAUUGUUGUUGCAUAAUGUGGAUAAAUGGCAAUCUAAAAUAUAUCCUUCGCCAAUAUUAGUGAUAUGUUAUACGAAUCAUGCUUUGGAUCAGUUUUUAGAAGGCAUAUUAACUUUCACUAAGAAAAUUGUGAGAAUUGGAGGAAGGGGGACAAAUGAAGCUAUUUCAAAUUUUCAAAUAAAUAAUCUUAAAAAAAAUCUUCGUUUUAACAAAGAGUUUCCACGUGAUAUUGUUAAUGGUAUAAGACACCUGAUGGGUCAAUUAAAAACUUUGAAAGAUUCCGUAGAUACUACCAAGCAAUCUAUUAACAGUUCAUAUACCUCUAUUUUAAGUGAAGAAACUUUAAAAAAUUGCAUGACUUCUUGUCAUUAUUAUUCCUUAAAAAGCAAAGAGCAAAUGUAUAAUCCUAGGAUAAUACUUAUUUACGAGUGGUUAUUAGGAAUUCAAAUUCAAGAAAAAAAAGUGCCUCCUAAUUUUAGAGAACUUGUUUCCACGGGAUUGAAAUUUAAUUCCUUUCUUGCUGCUACUGAUGAUAAUGAUGAAGAGUAUUUUCCUGCCAAAACUGAUGUCGAUUCUGAAGAAGAAGCUGAUAUUGAUUACAUUGAAGCUCAACGAGAUAUUAACCCUGAUGAAUUUGCCGACGCCUCUUAUGAUAUUCCUUUGUACAAAGAUAAACUGGAUUUGAUAAUUGGACUGGAUGAUGGCUGGAAGUUUGUUGGAGGUAAUCAUGGAUUGAGAGAUUACGUUAAGGCAUGUUUAUCUGAUACCAAGGCUAUGCAUGAGAAAAUGGCAAAGAAAAUUAAAGAUGUGUGGUCUCUCUCUUAUAAAUCUAAGUGGAGUCUUUAUAAAUUUUGGCUUGAAGGCUAUAUUCGUAAAAUGAAUGAAACCGUCACAGAAUUGCAUCAGCAAAUUAGAGAAAAAUAUAAAGUGCUUCAAGAAAUGCGAACUGAAGAAGACAUGCAUGUUUGCAAGAAAGCACUUGUUGUUGGGAUGACAACAACUGGAGCUGCUAAGUACAGGCACAUAGUUCAGCAUCUUAAUCCAAGAAUUGUGAUCGUGGAGGAAGCUGCUGAAAUUCUAGAAAGCCAUGUAGUUACAUCGCUUGCACGUGGUACUCAACAUCUCAUUUUGAUCGGGGACCAUCAGCAACUGAGACCGAGUCCAACAGUUCACUUGUUAGCCACGAAAUAUGGAAUGAAUAUUUCUCUAUUUGAAAGAAUGAUUGAGAAUGGCUUGGAUUGUCACAAAUUAGAAAUUCAGCAUAGGAUGAGACCUGAGAUAGCAUCGUUACUUGUACCUCAUAUAUACAAUAAGCUACACAAUCAUGAAAGUGUCAAGACUUUCGAAAAUAUAAAAGGUGUCGCCAAGAACGUAUUUUUUGUUAAUCAUUCAUAUUGUGAGUUACAUGAAAAUGAUUCUAAAAGCAAAGUUAAUGUUCAUGAGGCCAAUUUUAUGUUGAAGUUUUGUAAAUAUCUCAUUAUGCAAGGUUAUAAAUCUUCCCAAAUAACUGUUUUAACAACAUAUUCUGGACAACUAUUUGAAUUUAAAAAAAGUCCCCUAAAAAGCGCUUUGCAAGGAGUAAGAUUUACUGUGGUUGAUAAUUUUCAAGGAGAAGAGAAUGAUAUAAUUUUGAUUUCCUUCGUUAGAAGUAAUGAAGAAGGGCAAAUUGGAUUUCUUAAAGUAUCCAAUCGUGUGUGUGUGGCUUUGUCUAGGGCAAAAAAGGGCCUUUAUUGCAUUGGAAAUUUUGGUUUGUUAGCUGAAAAAAGCAAUCUCUGGAAAAAUAUUGUUGAAACAUUAGAGACCAAAAAGUCAAUAGGUCCAUCACUCUUGCUUAUGUGCCAGAAUCAUCCUGAUAUAAGCAGAGCUGUGACCAAUGAUAGUGACUUUGAUUUUGUUCCGGAAGGUGGGUGUACCAAGCAGUGUGAAUUUCAACUUUUGUGUGGGCAUCAGUGUUCUUUGAAAUGUCAUCCAUAUAAUCUUGCACAUGAAGGUAUUAAGUGUCAAAGCCCUUGUACUAAGCAAUGCAGUGAAGGUCAUUUAUGCACCAGGAAAUGUUCCGAGAGGUGUCCACCCUGUGCCUUCCUUGUACCUAAAACAAUUAACUUAUGUGGGCAUACCAUUCAAGUGCCUUGUCACCUUCGUGAAAACACCACACCUUGCACAGCCGCUUGUGAUAAGUUAUUGCCCUGUGGUCAUCAAUGUAAUAAACAAUGCGCCGAAUCAUGUGCAAAAGAAUGUUUUGUCAAAAUGUCAGUUAAAUCCUUUGUAUGUGGUCAUGAGGUAAAUAUAGCAUGUUCCGGAUGUAAUGAUCCUGAAUUAUUAAUGAUGAAAUGUAAGGAACCUUGCCGUGCAGAACUACCUUGUGGGCAUAAAUGUAAAGGUAAAUGUGGCAGUUGUUAUCAGAGUCGCUUGCAUGUGAUUUGCAUGGAGCCUUGCAAUCGUAAAUUAGUAUGUGGGCAUGUAUGUAAAUCUCUUUGUUACAGAAGCUGUUCACCUUGCAAAGAACCUUGCCAAAAGUAUUGUGUUCAUAAAAAGUGUACUAAAAAAUGUGGUGAGCCUUGUGAAAGUUGUACAAAACCUUGUGAGUGGUCCUGUUCGCAUAAGAAAUGCACCCGUCUUUGUAGUGAACUUUGUAAUCGUACUUUCUGCUACGAAGCUUGUCCGAAAAUAUUAAAAUGCAAACAUCCAUGUAUUGGUAUUUGUGGUGAAACUUGUCCUACAGAAUGUCGAAUAUGUGAUAAAGAAAAAGUGCAAGAAGCUUAUUUUGAGUGUGAAAUAAAGGCUGGCGCAUUGUUCGUGUGUUUAGAAGAUUGCCGACAUAUAUUUGAAAUAAAUUGGUUUAGGCAGUGGAUGGCCAUAAAUACCCAAGAGACAAACGAGAUUCGACUGAGAAGUUGUCCGAAAUGCAACACUGUAAUUCGGAAGCCUUUGCAUUUUGAAAGAAAUACCGAAUCAUGCUUUGAAAAUAUCGAAAAGAUAAAGAACGCAGUAUCUGGAAAUCAAGACUAUAAUAGAAAUUUUAAAGAACUUUUACGCCAGCGCAUUAAAAACGAGCUUAUGGGACUUUCGUCUUCUUCUACAUUUCGCACUGGUUGGGAAAAACUGAAGGAGGCAUUAGAAUCCCAAGAUAGAAGAAAUAUUCAAGAGUUGGUUACUAUGGAAAACAUCAUGAACAUAAUGAAAGUAUGGCCAUCACGCUCAACGAGUAUAUCCAGUGUGGUGCAAAUUUCUCCUUCCGAUAUUUAUUAUCUAAUCAGUAAAAAAAUGAUUGGAAAAUUAAAUGAUUAUAUUAUGAUAACAGAAAAGUGGGUGGAUUCCUUCAUCGCUAAGAGAUUUUUAAUAGCGUCUGAGCAGCAAUUAAAAGAUCUUUUGUGGGAAGUUCAUCGUCUGAAAUUAAUUGAUGAACUCCACAGACUGAUGCUGAAGAUUCAGCCAGAUGGUAAGUCGUACAUAUAUGCGAAUAAAUUGAUGCAUAUCUUAUUAACUUAUUCCCCGUUUCGAGAAUUCCAGUUAACAAAAUUCUUUUCUGAACUUCCAAACUUGAUUAAAAAUGUAUCCAAUUCUCCGAUAAAUGUUUCAGAACUUCAGAAACAACCAGUUUUAGCGAUUAUGAGCUUAUCGGAAGGUCACUGGUUCAUGUGUGAAAAGGGGCAUGCCUAUUCGGCUGUCAAAUGCAGAAGUGAAAAUCAAGAAUUUAAUUGCUAUGAAUGUGAUAGAAAAAUAAUUGAUUUGAAGCCAUUAGUUUCAAAAACUUCCUAUCCUCCAAAACGACAGAUACAGCCCAGAGAAGGGACAUCGAAAGGCAGAAGGCCGCAUAAGUUUUAAUCUUCUUCCAGUGGUUAAUUUGAAAUUUGUAAAGAAACUGUGUAGAUUCCCUUUGAAUGAAUUCAUACCUUAUAAAUUUUUUACUGUAAUUUUUCUCAUAAAUUCAUCUAAUGAAUUGUUAUAGUGUAUGAAUUGUAAAUUUAAUCACGCAGAGAUUUUCGAAUAAUUCUAAUAUAUUUUUAUUAUUCAGAAUUUUAAGAGAUACUUUCCCAUAAUUUAUGAAGUGAUAUUUAAUAUAUCUUAAAAUUACGAAUAUAGAAGAAACAUGCAAUGAAUUGUGAAUAUAGAAGGUUUUUUCAUAAUUCUUUAAAGGAAAUACUUUUGACAUUAUUAUAAAUGUUUUAAAAUAUUGUUGUAAAUUUUACCAC